AUGAAAGAAAAUCGGUACCGAAAACCGAAGAUUCUGUGGAAAGAAUUUAUCGAUGGGCGCCUUCGCACAAUUUUAUUCACCGAAGAGAAAAUUUUCACUGUGGAGCAAUUUCAUAUCUACCAAAAUGACCGUCAGCUUUUGCCUAAAGGCUCUUCUAAGCGUAUGAGCGUAGCUCGAUCACAUCAUCCAGUUUCGGUGAUGGUUUGGGCGGAAAUCACGGCUACCGGUAAAAUCCCCUUAAUAUUCUUUGAAAAGGGUUUAAUAAUCAAUCAAUUUGUUUACCAAAAUCUUUUAACCGACACAGUGGCACCUUUAGCACGUGUACAUUUCGGUAAAACUAAAUGAACAUUACAACAAGAUUGGGCUUCAUCGAAUGGAGCGUAAAAAACACUGGAACUCUGUAGCAGACUUUUUCCGAGAUAUUUAACUAAAGAUGAAUGGCCUUCAAACUCUCUUGAUUUUAAUCCAAUGGACUAUUCCGUUUGAUCUAUUCUUGAAUCCAGAGCCUGUACUAAGUCUAACCAAAGCCUGGAAUGUCAUAUAUGUGGAAGAACUAUCGCCCAUCGUUGAUAAUUUUCCUAAACGAUUGAAGGCGUGCGUUGAAGCCAAGGGUGGACAUUUCGAGUCCGUGAUGUAAAUUUUACAAACCAUGCUAAUGUAUUUACAUUUUGUAUAAAUAUGUUGAUGUUUAAUAUUGAAAGAAUAAAGUUAUGACCACAGACAAACAGACGUACCUCUCAGAAGAAACAUCCUGAAAAAUCUUCGUCCUUAUUCGAAACAUCCCUGCCAAGAAUGUAGAAAUCGACGGUGUGGUUACCGAAGGGAACCUUACUGUCGAAGACAUUUUGCGUUACGGGGUUGGCUGUUUCAAGAACCCCCUGAUGUAAAGUGUAAAGGUCCUGGAUUGCAAGCAAUUGCAUUCAGUAUCCAUCGAAGAAGGAAAGAAGAAAUUCUUACCAUCGGAGUCCUUUCGAGUGACAUUUGCCGGAUCUGCACUGCCGAACUACAUCCGUUUGGACAGGGUUCGUCUACCUGUACGCCUGUUUGUGUCGCGGGAAUCACGCCGAGACCGCUUGCAUGAGGACACUGAAAAGUGCCUUUAAUGCGGUGGCCCCCGGCAUGAACUUUCGGCAUGUCCCGCGUAUAAACAGCGCGAGGAGAAAAUCAGGCGUUCCCUUAAGGAACGAUAAAGCGCUCUUUUGCAGAGAUGCUUAAGAGGUCUGAGCCACCCUCAUCAGGAAACAUAUUUUCCUUUCUGCCAACCGAUGAGGGGACAUCCGACGAUCCCGUCGAAGGGUGUUCUUAUGCCUUGCCAGAAGGAUCUAGGAAAAGGAGAAUGCUCAACUCUCCUAAUCUUUCACGCAAAGGUCGCAAGAUAACCCCUAGCGGAAUGACCAAUAAAUCAACAUACAAAGGAAGCGGUGAAGAAAAGCCGAAGCAAGUACCUCCCGGUUUUAAUUUCAAACCAAACCAGGAGUAUCCACCGCUUCCUGGCGCAUCAAAAACCCCUCGUGCACCCAUUUUUCGAUCAAAGGAUAAAAAAGAAACAGGGUUCAUAAAUUUCUCUGGUAUUGUGGACUGGAUAUUCAAAACAUUCAACAUAACAGAUUCCCUUAUGAACAUUCUUCUUACCCUUCUCCCUACAGUGAAAACCUUUUUACAGCAACUAGCAGCAACUUGGCCCCUCAUUUCAGCUAUCAUAUCUUUCGAUGACUAAUACAUCGAAAGAGGUUAGGAAUUUUAUCACUGUAUUACAGUGGAAUUGCAGAGGUAUCAUCCACAAAUUCGAUCUAUUUUUACAUUUGAUAAGCACAUGAUGCGUUUGCGCUCUGUGAGACUUUUCUCAAUUCAAAUGACCAACCCAAUUUUCACGAUUUUAACAUAAUUCGUCGAGACCGAAACUCACACGGUGGAGGGGUACUUUUAGGGAUCAAGUACUAUUCCUUUUUCAGAAUCGACCUCCUCUCGCUCUCGAAUAUUGAAGUCGUUGCCAUUCAAACGAAUAUGAAUGGAAAAGACAUUUGCCUUGCUUCGAUAUAUAUUCCUCCAUCUGUGCGGAUUGAACAGAGGAAAAGUUGCCUGACAUAGCAGAAUUGCUUCCCGCACCUUUUUUGAUUUUGGGAGAUUUUAAUUCUCACUGUUCGCAAUGGGGGUCGCUAUACGACGACAACCGAUCUUUUGUGAUUUGUAAUUUGAUCGACGACUUCAACAUGACGCUUUUAAAUACUGGGGAAGGGACACGUGUCCAGCACGUGAAAGCGUGCUUGACCUAUCCCUCUGCUCGACCUCACUAGCGGUAGAUUGCCGAUGGAAAAUAAUCAAUGAUCCCCACGGUAGUGAUCAUUUACGAAUCGUUAUCUCAAUUGCUAAUGGUUCUACCACCUCAGAUCUGAUCAAUAUUUCAUACGACCUCACACGUAAUAUUGAUUAGAAGCGUUAUAAGACCAUCAUAGCGGAUACCAUCGAGUCUCACGAGGAACUUUCUCCGGAGGCAGAAUACGCGUUCCUUUCUGGCUUGAUCAUCGACGCCGUGACUCAAGCUCAGACGAAACCGAUACCCGGGGUAACGAUUAGACAGCGUUCUCCCAACAAGUGGUACGACAAAGAGUGCUCUGAGCUGUACGCGCAAAGGUCGUCGGUGUAUUUGGCCUUCCGGGAACACGUUACUCUUGAUUUGUUUCCAAAGUACGAUGUACUGGAUAGACAGAUGACGAUUUUAAUUAAAGCGAAAAAACGCGGAUACUGGCGUCGGUUUGUAAACGCGUUGUCGAGGGAAACAGCGAUGAGCACUCUUUGGGACACGGCCAGACGCAUGCGGUAUCUUAAAGUUUUUAAUGAAAGCAAGGAGUAUUCAGGCCGCUGGAUAUUCGACUUUGCCAAAAAAGUCUGUCCGGACUCUGUACCGGAACAGAAAACCUUUCGCGACGCGUUUUUAGUACCCACGGGAGAGCCUCCAUUCUCGAUGUUGGAAUUUCCAAUGGCCCUCCUUUCGUGCAACAAUAAAGCUCCAGGGUUGGAUAGAAUCAAAUCCAACCUGUUGAAGAAUCUACCCGACUCUGCAAAAAGACGCUUUUUGUACUUGUUCAACAAGUUCUUGAGCUAAACAUUGUUUCGCACGAGUGGAUGGAGGUAAAAGUCAUUGCCAUUCGCAAACCCGGAAAACCUCAUGUUUAAGCCCUCUCUUAUAUAAUUUUUACGUUAAUGACAUCGAUGAAUGUCUUGCAAAUUCAUGCACGCUAAGGCAACUUGCAGACGAUAGCGUUGUUUCCAUUACUGAAAGCGAAGCUAACGAUCUGCAAGAUCCAUUGCAAGAUAGCUUAGACAAUUUGUCUGAACGGGCUCUUAAGCUGGGUAUCGAAUUCUCUCCGAAGAAAACUGAGCUGGUCGUUUUUUCUAGGAAGCAUAACUCAGGUCAGCUGCAGCUUCUAUUAACGGGUAAAACGAUCACUCAGCUUUUGGUCGCUAAAUAUCUCGGGCUCUGGUACGACUCUAAAUGCACCUGGGCUUGCCAUAUUAGGUAUCUGACUCAAAAAUGCCAACAGAGGAUUAAUUUUCUUCGUACGAUCACCGGAACUUGGUGGAGUUCUCUCCCAGGAGACCUUCUAAGGUUGUACCAAACAACGAUAUUGUCAGUUUUUGAAUACGAUUGUUUCUGCUUUCUCUCCGCCGCGAACACGUACAUUAGAAAAUUAGAAAGAAUACAAUAUCGUUGUUUGCGUAUUGUCCUGGGCUGCAUGCAGUCGACCCAUACGAUGAGUCUUGAAGUGCUAGCGGGUAUUCUUCCGUUGAAACAUCGUUUUUGGAAUAUCGUUUACCGGUUGCUAAUUAGGUGCACAGUUGUGAACUCAUUAGUGAUUGAAAAUUUCGAGAGGUUGGUCGACCUUCAAUCUCAAUCUAGAUUUAUGACAUUAUAUUUUGACUAUAUGGCUCAAGAUAUUAACACUUCUUCAUACUUUCUCUCCAAUGUCGUAUUUUUAGAUACUUCUUAUAAUGCUAUAUUCUUCGACACCACCAUGAAACAAGACAUUUCUGGUAUCCCGGAUCAAUUGCGACCCCAAGAGAUCCCUAAGAUUUUUUCCAAUAAGUUUAAACAUGUUAGUUAUGAUAAAAGGUUUUACACUGACGGAUCUAAUCUAGAUGAGUCCACUGGCUUCGGUGUUUUCCACGAAAAUUUUACCGCCUCCUACAAACUCGAUGCUCCUGCUUCCGUGUACGUCGCAGAACUUGCUGCUAUUCAGUACUCUCUUGGGAUCAUCGAAACCCUACCCACUGACCACAGGCAGUCUCGGUGCCAUUGAGGCUCUGCGAUCGAUGAGGUCGGUAAAGCCUAAACCUUAUUUCCUGGGGAAAAUACGGUGGUUUUUAAGUGCUUUAACUGAUAGGCGAAUGGUUGGACACGUGUCACAUGAGAUCCUAUUGUGGUCAUUCACCUCUGUCCAGCAACUCCCAUCCCAACCUCCACGCGGUGCCGACCGAGAUACGAGUAGCCUUAGCGGAGAUCGGCUAACCAACCCCCGGAGGCUUUGGUCCUAUGCUGACUGGGAAGGGGGAACGUACACGGCUUUGGCAAAGUACGCAACGGUGGCCGAAAUCGGGAGAACGCGAAUUCCGGGCAGUAGAUCCUAUUGCGGACACUUCAUUUAAGUAGGUACCACAUCUACUAUAGCGGCGGCGUGAAAGCAGAAAGAGGAGUCGGUUUCGUGCUAAUUGGAAAACAGAUGAAGCGUGUCAUUAGAUGGAGGCCGUUCAGUGACCGUAUAUGUGUGUUGAGCAUUAAGGGCAAAUUCUUCAACUACAUCCUAAUAAAUGUGUACGUACCGACCAACGUGAAACCCAAAGACGAAAAGGAGGAGUUCUAUGAGCUCCUGGAAAAGACAUACAAUGAGUGCCCAGGACACGAUAUAAAGAUUGUCAUCGGAGAUGCAAAUGCACAGGUUGGGCAGGAAGACUUCUUCCGCCCCGUAAAUGGUAGUGAAGGCUUCCACUCUACUACGAACGAUAAUUGCCUGAGGCUUGUUAAUUUUGCUGCAGCUAGGGGAAUGGCUAUCUGUAGCAUUUAUUUUGCCCGCCGGAACAUACGUAAGCACACCUGGGUGCACCCGAAUGGAAGCUUUGCUCUCAAAUUGACCACAUUCUGAUUGAUCGACGGUACUUUUCAGACGUUACAGACGUGAGGUCGUUCAGAGGACCGAACGUUGACUCGGAUCACUAUCUCGUAGUAGCCAAAAUCCGCGCCCGGCUGUCCAACGUGUUGAAAUCCAAGGCAACGAGGAGGAUGCAGUUGAACACCCAGCGGCUAUCAACUGAAGGAGUAUCUGCAGAGUACUCACAGAAGGUUGAUGAACGGAAUGAGGAAAGAAUUGAAAGGAACCUGAAUGAACAGUGGGGGCACAUCUACAGUUCGAUCAGCACUACAGCGCGAGAAGUGUUGGGUACAACUGCGGCAGCUGCGUCCAAUGAGUGGUUUGACGCUGAGUGCCAGCGAGUAACGGAGGAGAAGAACCGCGCCAGGGGACACAUGUUGGCCACGGCUGUGACUCGUCAGAGCGUAGGUAGAUAUCGAGAUGCUAGAGCCGCUGAAAAGAGACUCCAUCGCCGGAAGAAACGACAGCAUUGGGAGCGUAUUCUUGCGAGGCGGAAGGUUGCUUCUCCAGGCACGGUGCAAGGAGCUUCUACAAGAAGGUCAACGGAAUCAGGAAUCGAAACGUGUCAGCCCCUGUUAUGUGCAAAUGUAGGGAGGGGAACCUGAUAACCGAUAAAACAGAGGUGGCCAGGCGUUGGAAGGAACACCUCAGUGUGCUGUUGAACGGUGAGGGAAACAGUGGCGUCGAAAGGAGCAGAAUGACUAUUGAGAAUGAUGGUCAAGCUGUGGGUCCACCAUCCAUGGACGAGGUAAAGAAAGCAGUGAAAGAGCUGAGAAACUGCGAGGCAGCCGGAAAGGAUGGCAUUCCCGCCGAACUCUUCAAAGUCGGGAGCGAACAGCUGUAUCGUGCCAUCCAUCGGAUCAUGUUGAGAGUGUGGUCUGAUGAAGAAUUUCCCUCGGACUGGUUGGAGGGUCUUAUAUGCCCGAUCUACAAAAAUGGUCAUCGCCUGAACUGUAGCAAUUAUCGGGGCAUAACUCUUCUCAAUACCGUGUACAAAACUCUCUCCCGCAUCCUGUUCCUCAGACUGAGGCCGUUGCAGGAGACCUUUGUUGGCGAGUACCAAUGCGGUUUUCGAGGGGGACGCUCCACGACGGACCAAAUGUUUACCUUGUGACAAAUCCUCGAUAAAUUUCGAGAAUUCAACUUGCAGACGCACCAUCUGUUCAUAGACUUCAGGACAGCGCACGAUUCAGUUAAGAGAAAUGAGUUAUGGCAGAUUAUGCUCGAACAAAGCUGAUUAGGCUAAUAGGAAUUUAAAAUCAUCGGGGGGCAUCAACACUGGCGAGAUAAUGGUUUCUUUUGAUGUCACAGCACUUUUUCCGAGUGUUCCAGUGAAAGAAGCUAUAAAUCUUUUGGAAGAUUGGCUUCUUUCCCAACAAUGUGACAACCCUUGGAAAACUAAAGUACGCAGUUACUUGAAGUUAACUCGACUUUGCAUGGAAGACAAUUAUUUUUCAUUUCGUGGGAAAUUUUACAAACAAACAAAAGGAGCACCGAUGGGGAAUCCUCUUUCACCUUUCUUAUGUGAGCUUUUUAUGGCACAUUUGGAAAAUAAACUAAAUGAAAAAGACUGCUUACCAGAUCGUUGGUGGAGGUAUGUUGAUGAAUUUUUUUGUAUUUUACAACAGGGGGACUUGGAAAGUUUUUUGGGAAUUUUGAAUGGUCUUCAUAAAAAUAUCCAGUUCACUUUGGAAAUUGAACAAAACAACAGGCUUCCAUUUUUAGAUGUAGUCGUUGUUAAUAACUCCAACCACUUUGAAUUCGAAAUCUUUAGGAAACCCACAUAUACUAAGCGGGUAAUACCUAACACUUCUAACCACUCCUCCCAGCAUAAAAUGGCUUCUUUCCACCAUAUGAUCCACCGUAUGGAAUCUUUGCCUCUCAGUAAUGAAGGUAAGAAAAACGAAAUGGAAUAUAUUUUUGAUAUUGGUGAGCAGAAUGGAUAUAACAGAAGAACCAUACAAGCCAUUUAUGACAAAAAGAAACGAACCCAACAUAGGAAAUCUCACACAACACUCACUCCGCUAAAAGAAGAUAGGAAAAGAGUAGUUGUUGAAUAUGACGUCAGUUUCACUCGUCAACUUCGUAAAAAAUUUAGAAAAUUUGGUAUCGAUAUUAUCUACAGUAGCAGAAAUAAUCAAAUGAAAACAAAGUUGGGGUCUACUAAAGACACUAUUGACAAAUUACAUAGGGCGGGUGUUUAUAAAGUUGCAUGUCCACAUUGUGAUAAAGUUUACAUUGGCCAAACAAAAAGAAAUUUAGACAUCCGGUUUAAGGAACAUACUUCAGAACUUGUAAAGGCUAAGAAAGACUCAGAAAAAGGAAUAACUCACCAUUUCAGAUCCAAAAUAGCCGAACAUAUAUUUCAUGAAGAUCACGCUAUGACUACCGACAACAUUAGUCUAGUUCGAUCAGUAACAUCCCCUUGGAAAUUAGAUGUCGCAGAAAGUUUAGAAAUUUUCAAACAAAACCCAGCUACCAUUUCUCUUGGCUUUUUAAAUUUCUACCGAAAACUCCCCGACAAGGCACGGAUCACCAGGCCGCACAUUUCUCUACCUAACUCAAGUUGUUUACGUUUUCUGAGUUAAAAUUUGCCCCAGUCGUUUACCUAAUUAGGAAUAAAAUUCUUGGGGUUUCGCUAUUUUCUCCACAGUCCAAAUAAGCACUGACGAAGGCACUAUGUCAGUGCCGAAAUACGUAUUUGCAAGUGAAAAGUGAAAAGUGAUAGAGUUAAAUAGUGAAAGUGAAUAAAAAGUGAAAAGUGUAGUAAUACGUGACACCCUUGAAGGUUCUACAUCAAGCGUCAGAAUAGCCGGUGAGAUAUCGGACUCUUUCGUGACCUUAGAUGGUUUGAAGCAGGGUGACGGGCUGUCGAAAUUAUUGUUCAACAUCGCAUUUGAAGGUGCUAUACGGAGGGCUGAUGUGCAGAGAAGCGGCACCAUCAUUAUGAAGUCGCAUAUGCUUCUCGUUUUUGCGGACGAUAUCGACAUCAACCGUAUCAACCGUAGAGCUGUGGAAGAGGUCUUCGGACCUCUCAGGAGGGAAGCUGCGAGGUUAGGGCUUGUCAAGCUGCAGGCCACCACGCGUCGACGCAUGGCGACCGUUGAGGCCAUGCACGCGUUGUGUGACCACCGAUGGAUGUGUGCCCUUUCCUGACUUACGCCGGACGGGAGUUGUUUCUUAGUGCCCUUUGUGUGACGUCACUGUUUCAUCUACUGCGUGAGUUGUUUUUCCUAACUACUCAGUUUUCCCCCCUACUUGACAAUCUCGUUCCCUACUACGUUUUUACAGGUUCUCCGGUGUGUGUUUGUGGGUGGGGUAUUGUACUCACGGGUUCUCUCUGCAAAGUGGCGUUCUAACCACCCCAGCGGUGGUUUGCGACGGCCGUCGGGUGAUGCUGGUGAUGCGUGUGAUGCGAUGGCUGACUCUGCUGACGGACCGACGACAGGCGAAGACAAACGGCGUCGUCCGUUCGAGGAUCGGGACCUUCGGAAGGCUUCCUUCAGUUUGGCGUGAGUCGGGGGGAUCUCACUGGCGUUGGUAAUUCUUUCCCCAGAUAGACACGCUCGCGGUGUGUUGCAACCACUGUGAUGGCAAGUGGUGUUCGCGAUGCCGAAAUGCUACACGAUGACCAACGCUCUCCAAAUGCACCUAUAGAGGUACGCAACCUCGAGGCGAUAGGCACACUUGGGGGAUCACCCAGGUCCACCGAUUCGAUAGCUUGCCAGCGGUGGUGCGGCCGAGCCAAUUUUCAAUGCCGGGAUGUCUGUGGCUGCAAUAAGAAUGGAUGCGAUCCAGAACUGGAUUCCCAACAGCGGGAAGCCACCACGUGGCUCCUAUCGAACCGAAAAUACCCCAUUAACACACCAAGUAUUUCAAAUAAAAAAACUGCAUUACCUGCUUUGUCAGCUAUCUUUGUUCUUAUUUCACGACUCACUUCCUAUCCUUUUCUAUACCCUAGCUACAAUUGAAUUAAUUUAAAUGUAAAUUCUCAACAACAAAACGGACAAACUCACUCGUUAAAAUUUUACUCUUGUCACUCGACUCACGGCUUUAAUAAAUUAACUAUUUUCAUUUGAAUAACAAACUCUGGAAAAAUAAAAUUUAAAAUUACAACCCGGAAUUUUCUACUUCGACUCAAUUUUUACUUAAUUAUCACGAUUGAUAAUUCCCGUUUGUUUGCUACAAAUGAACUUCGAUUCGGUUUUUUAAUAUGAUCUUUCUAACUCGGCGGUCUAAGUGGGAAAGAACAACGCUUUCUCCACUUAGGCUGUCCAAGCCUAGAAUUCUUCUUUUCCUUCUUUUUUAUAUUACUGUUAUUCUUAGUUCUAAAAUUUCUUACUCUAGGUUCCGAUUUCUUGAUAAUAAUCUUCCUAUCAUCAAUUUUCUUCAAUCACCCACUCCCCCUAUAUGACCUCAUCGAUAAUAGUUUCGCCCAUAACUCCCUACUAAUACUUUUAGUAGGCUAAUUCGAGCACUGUAUCGUGGGUUGCCUGACCACAGGCGACCUACUUUUUACUACUAUCUACUUUAGACGGAUGUUCGUCAUGAAACGCUCUCAAACUCGUUUCAUCACUCCCUACUACCCCAAAAAAAAUUAUGCAAUAAUUUUUUUUUCUAGAUGAACCAAAUUUAAACACAAAUCCAAACUCAACUGCUCUUCUUCCUUGUAUUUUAAUAAUCUACUUGUGCAGUUAAAAUGGUUAUUUAACUGUUCAUGAAAUACUCUAUUGUCGAUCAACGGUUAUGAAAACUGAUUUUGACUACAUUUUACUAUUUAAAGUUUCCCGAGAACAUGUACUGGCGAGUUUAUUUCUUCUUAAAACUCCAGUUGAUAAACUGGAAAAUCGUGCUCCUUAAUCAGAAACCUCCAACAUAUCUGUUGGAAAACUCUACCACCAAAUGAUGUCGUCAUAGCAUAUUCUAAUGAUUGAAAAAUGUUGCUUCUCUAAGCUAUCGCAUAUUCUAAUAGGAAAAAUGCUAUUCUGAACCUCUCCCAAUAUAUUAUCACUCCAUAUCGCUAUAUGGAAUAUAUUCGAAACUCUACACACUUCGUGUAUCCGACCAUACUCUCGCGCGCUACUCUCUCUCGGGUUACUACAGAUGGAUUUGAACAUUCGGCUAUUGAUCUCUAAACUGAGUGUGAGUGAUCAGAUGGCUAUGACCUAUUGCCCCAGACGGUCCGUGCUGGUGAUUAAAUGAUGAAAGCAUGUGAAUCCCGGUUUAUGGAAGAACUCGUAGUGAAGUGUAAAAUGCAGAUUAUUGUGCCAAAACGUGAGUACCAAUUAUACCAUUCCUGAUUAUUAUGUUGUUUUCUAUUCCUUCCUUAUUUUAAUAAUUUUAUAUCUUAUUUCUUAAAAUUCUUAAUUUUCCACAGAAAUCCCGAUCUCAGUUGAUUGGCCUUGCACUCCAUUCUUCUAUUGUUUCCUCUAUUCUUUAUAUACACUAUGUACAUGAUGGCUUCGUAUCAUUCUCCGCUCCUUUACAUAACCAUCGUUCUCGCAUUACGUUUCCCACUCCAAUUAUUUAUUUUCAUUUGAGAUAUCGUUGGAUUUCCCACAUAGAUUUCCCACUCAAAUAAUUUAUUUUCAUUUGAGAUAUAGUUGAAUCGUUCUUUUUACAUUUUUCUGUACAGAAUUAUUUACAUUUGUUCUCUCUAUUUAGCACGAAGAAACCCUGCCAAAUGCCGAUGAAUCACUUUGGUCAAAUGUCAAGGAAUGAGGCUACAGGUUUCGUGGUUUUGGUAAAAUACCAUCGGCGAGCUUCUCCUGUAAAAAGGAUAUACGCCUGAUCUAUGAAACGAUCAUUUGGAAUGCGUUCAGCUCUUACUAGCUCAUUUACUUGGAAGACGAAAUCUGAGACGUCCAUGCCAUGUGGAUCGCCACUAAAUUGUAUUCCCCACCUGUCCAAUCGAUAAUGUUGAAAUCGGUCUUCGCGACGGUGUCUAUGUCUCACCACCUCGGACUGAUCAGUUGAACUCGAUGAUGUGGACGAUUGUGUCGAAAUCAAACUGCUCAACGAGUCUAUUGACGAACUAUCGGAGGACGAUAAUUCAUAAUUGGUCGUCAACGUUAUUUUUGGAAUCGCAAAUUUAUAACACCACAAGAAAAUAUUCCAAAUAAAUGUUUACCAAUACCCAU